AUGGCUGGCACAUCUAACACAGUUGGUAUCCCUGCACCUUUAGUUGAAGGACACUCUAUCACCAGACCACAUUUGUUUUAUGGUUCUAAUUAUUCUUUCUGGAAAGUUAGGAUGAGAAACUUUAUUCAAUAUGUUGAUAUUGAAGCAUGGCAAAGAAUUGUUAAAGGUCCUGAAAUUCCAUUAGAAUUGCAUGCUGAUGGUUAUAGAGAAAAACUAGAAGAUGAAUAUAAUGAACUUGAUUGGAAGAAAGUUUCUUCAAAUGCUAAAGCUUUAAACAUUCUUCAUUGUGCACUUGAUGCAACUGAGUAUAAUCGCAUUUCAGGUUGCACAUCUGCAAAAGAAGUGUGGGAUAAACUUGAAGUCACAUAUGAAGGGACUAAUCAAGUGAAGGAAUCAAAAGCAAAUAGGCUUGUUUGGGAAUAUGAGCUAUUUGAGAUGAAACCUGGAGAAACCAUUUUAGAAAUGAGCACAAGAUUUACUAAUCUGGUGAAUGUUCUCAAAGCUCUUGAAAAAGAAUUCACUGAAGAAGAGUUAGUCCAGAAAGUCUUGAGGUCACUACCUAAAUCAUGGGAAACAAAAGUGACAGUGAUCUUUGACACCAAAGACUUCUCCAAAUUCACUUAUGAUGAUCUGAUUGGUUCUCUUAUUACUCAUGAAAUGUUAUAUGACAAGAGCAAAAGCAAUGUAGAUAAUGAAAAGAAAAAGAGAGGAAUUGCCUUGAAGUCAAGCUUCAAUGGUUCAAGUGAUGAAGAUGAUCUUGCCAUGAUUACAAGAAGAUUCAAGAAAGCAUUUAAAAAGGGAGGUUCGAACUAUAAGAAAUUCCUAAAGAAGUAUUCUCCCAAAGGUGAAACAAGCAAGGAUCAAAGUGAGAUUAAAUGUUUUGAAUGCAACAAACCUGGCCAUAUCAAGCCAAAUUGUCCUAAACUGAAAAAGAAGAAUUCAAAGGACAAGAGCAAGAAAGCUUUGGUUGCUAGCUGGAUGGACAGUGAUGAUUCCUCAAGUGAUAACUCUAGUGAUAAAGAGGUUGUACACAUUUGUCUCAUGGCUCUAGAAGAGGAUAAACGAGAAAGCUCCCAACAAAGAGAAAUCAACACUGAGGUAAAUAAAUCUGACUCUCUUAGUAUUGAAGAUUAUGAAGAUGCAUUUGCCAAAUUAUAUGAAAAAUACAAAGUUUAUAAGAAAAAAUGUUCUGCUUUAAACAAAGAAAUUGCUUCCUUAAGAGCUGAAAAUGAUUCUAUGAGCAUUAUUGUUCAAGAAAAUAAGUUUUAUAAAAAUCAAAUGCUCUUGUUUGAUGAGUUCAAUAAGGAAUUAUCAAAUAAAAAAUCUGGUCUUGGUUAUGAUGGAUUCAUGCUCUAUGGAAAAUACAAAAAUUUCCUUGUGAAAGCUUCAUCUCAUUCAUUACCAAAUGUUAUUUGCUUCUAUUGUAACCAAAAUGGUCAUAUGGUAUGUCUUAGAAGCAAGCAAGAGUGUGAACAAUGGUAUGUUGAUAGUGCUUGCUCGAGACACAUAAUUGGAGACAAAGAAAAAUUCUCAAAUCUUACCUUGAAAAGUGGUGGACAUGUGAGAUUUGGUGACAAAGGCAAAGCUUACAUCAUUGGAAGUGGCUCUAUUGGGAAAAAUCCAAGCAUAAAGGAUGUUGCAUUAGUUGAAGGUUUGAAAUUCAAUCUUCUUAGUGUAAGUCAACUAUGUGAUAAAGGUUACAAAGUUAUUUAUAAUUCUACACAUCGUGAGGUUAGAAGUUUGCAUAUUGAUCACACAUUAUUCAUUGCACCUAGAAGUGAAAAUGUAUAUUUGCUUGACUUAAAUGUUAUUGAAAAUGGAAAUGAAAGAUGUCUUGUAUCUCUUGAAGAAGAUAGUUGGUUGUGGAAUAGAAGACUUGGUCAUGCUAGUAUGCAUGUGAUUUCAAAACUUUUAAGAUAUGACCUUGUUAAAGCUUUCCUUUUGCCAUCUAAACUAGCAAGCUCAUUAGUAGGCAAUGGCAACAAAUCUAAAGGAGUUAGUGGGUUAAAACCAUAUACAAGUUCAAAGGGUGAAUAA